ACUGUUCUUCUACUCUUCCCCGUGUGGGUGGUGGUGCGCGAUGCGCUUUAAAAGGACGGGCCUUUGCCUUCGCCUGCCUGCAAUCGCAGCAUCCGCUACCUCUAUCUACUUCUAGCCGAAUCUUCUUGCAGUGGUGAGGAAAAAAAACUUGCAAGAAAUUCCUUCGCCGCCGCCGCCGCCGCCUGCUUCCUCCCAAGGUAAAUAAGGUUGUUUGCAAUUUCUCAGAAGUGUAAAUGGGAUCGGAAGGACCUUCAGUUGUUACUGUGCACAUUACUGGAUUUAAGAAGUUCCAUGGGGUUGCUGAGAACCCAACUGAGAAAAUCGUGAGCAAUCUGAAAUCAUUCGUGGAAAAGAAAGGAUUGCCAAAAAACCUUGUGCUUGGGAGCUGCACAAUUCUUGAAACUGCAGGGCAGGGAGCGCUUGGCACAUUAUAUAAGGUUUUGGAAUCUGCCGUUGCAGAAAGAGAGAACGGGUCAUCAGCUCAGGGGCAAGUAAUUUGGAUCCACUUUGGAGUCAAUAGUGGUGCAACAAGGUUUGCUCUUGAGAAUCAAGCUGUUAAUGAAGCGACCUUCCGUUGUCCAGAUGAGCUAGGGUGGAAACCUCAGAGGGUCCCUAUUGUGCCAUCCGAUGGAGGCAUCUCACGGACAAGAGAGACUACCCUUCCAGUAAAUGAGUUAACCAAGUCACUCAGGAAGACAGGCUACGACGUAAUGCCGUCAGACGAUGCCGGUCGGUUCGUAUGCAACUAUGUGUAUUAUCACUCUCUUCGGUUUGCAGAGCAACACGGCAUCAAAUCUCUGUUUGUACAUGUACCCCUGUUCUUGACGAUCGAUGAGGAGGUCCAGAUGCAUUUUGUUGCUUCCCUUCUCGAAGCUCUUGCUGUCUUGAACUAGGAGAAAAAGAAAAAACACAAUUCGAGGUUGGAAGCGGACUGAAUAAAAUUGUAUUGUCAUCGAUGAUAUUGGUCUUGCUCCAAAGGGUGUAUUUAAGGGGAAAUAUGGGCAAAUGGCUGCUUAGAGUGUGUUCUUGGUCAGAUGCCACAUGUAUGCCACUACAUCACAUGUUCUAGACAUGCCUGAAAACAAACUUGGUUUUCAAUAAAAUUCGACAGAUCGUCGGAAUGGAUGCAUUUGCAUGCAGUGCGGUUGUUGA